UGGUUUGGUUGGUCAGUCUAAUUUGAGCUAUCAGAAGUUUGGUAAAGAUUAACCAAAAAUCUAAAAAAAUGUCUCCAACUUUGUACCAUCAUCCGGUCUCUGUACCGAGCAGAGCUGCCCUGUUAACCGUCCGGAAUAUUGGUCUCGACGUUCAGGUGAAAGUUGUCGACAUUUACAAGGGUGAACAAAAUGCUCCGGAAUAUUUACGCAUCAACCCAUUACAUCAAGUCCCUGUGUACGAGGAUGGGAAUUUUGUUGUAACCGAAUCUAGAGCAAUCAUUUGCUAUUUGGGUAGUGUCAAUAACAAAUUCUAUCCCACUGACCUGCAAAAACGCUCACUGGUCGAUUCGCGAUUAUUUUUCGAUGCCACGAAUUCAUUUCCAGCUAUCAGAGAUUUUGCUAGGCCUGUACUACGUGCUGGCGUUAAGAAGAUUUCAAAAGAUCGACGUGAUACUAUCAUCACCUGGCUCAAUGCAAUCGAACUGUUCUUAGGGCAGUCGCAAUGGAUUGCUGGGGAUGAAAUAACUAUUGCCGAUUUUACAUUCUUGGCCCAUGUAGCAAGUGCUAAGGCGUUUGGUGUUGAUUUUAAUCAGUUUCCAAAGCUGAAUGAUUGGUACAAUCGAUGCAAAAGUCUUCCUGGUUUUCACGAAAACGAAGAAGGAUCCCAAUUAUUAGCGGACAAAUUGAGAGGAUUGCUUGAGGAACCAUUAUGGUCUUAAAGAAAUUAAUUUGUAACGGUGAUUUGAGGACACACAAGCGUUUGAUAAAAUAAAAUGAUCCGGUC